AUGCGCUCAGCUCUUUACUUCGUUACGGAAUUGCUUGCCGCUGGCUCUGCCGUGGCAUCCGCUGUCCCCUCCACUGGCGAUGUAGGAGGAGAAGACUUGAAGGUUGUCAACCUCACUGAGGACGACCUGGAACCGAUCCCUGACGGAGUCUGCAAGAACAAGAACCGAACAGACUGCUAUAAAGUCAGCACCAGGGCGGGAACUUGCAUUAAUUUGGUGUCCUCGAACGGGAAACCAUUCGUAUCUGCCUCAUCGGCUGGCAGCUGUCAAUGUGUGGCCUACUCUAAAAGGGGAUGUCCCAUCUGGAGCGGAGAUAGUUACGGUUUUACCGUUCCCACGACUUUCAGUUUCAAUGCGAAUAGCAUCCAAUGCUACAUCUAUUAA